AUGGCGACUAUGGAGAUGAUCGGAAGAACCGCUUUCGGUGUAAAAUUAAAUGCACAGAAAAACGACAAACACGUAUUUGUGGAGAAUUCACGUAUCAUCUUGAAGAUUUAUGAAUACCGAGUAUCACACCCGUGGUUUCUGAACAGGAGUCUGUUUCAGUUGUCGACGUAUAAACGUAAACAUGACAUUAGCCAAAGUAUAAUUUACCGUUUCAUCGAAGAUUUAGUCCAGAGAAAAAAAACAGAAUUGAAAAAUAAGAUAAACAGUCAAGGAGAACAUAACGAAGAGUGUAUGGGAUUUAAAUCUAAAUCUUUUAUUGAAAUACUGCUCGAGAAUGAACAUCAGAUGUCAUUUAACCAAAUACGGGAUGAAAUAACAACUAUUAUAAGUGCGGGUCAAGACACGACAGCUUUUACGAAUGCAUGUGCAAUAUUUAUGUUGGCUCAUCAUCAGGAUGUACAAAAUAAAGUAUUGGAAGAGUUAUCAACAAUAUUUUCUUCUGGCGAUCCAGAUCGACAACCUACCUAUGAGGAUUUACAAAAGAUGCAAUACUUGGAACGUGUAAUCAAAGAAACUCUGAGACUAUAUACCGUUACUCCCUUGUUUGCCAGAAAAGUCGAAAAGGAAACAAUGAUUGAAGGCUAUUUAAUCCCUGAAGGGUCAACGUUCGUAAUUUGCACUCAGCUUUUACACUUAAAUGCAAAAUUUUACCCGGAACCAGAAAAGUUUAAUCCAGACAACUUCUUGCCCGAAGCAUGUCGCAGUCGCCAUCCGUAUUCGUUCAUUCCUUUUAGUGGCGGUUACAGGAAUUGCAUUGGUAUGAAAUAUGCAAUGCUUCAAAUAAAAACUGUAAUCUCAACAUUGGUCAGGUCUUAUCGUUUUUAUCCGUCGGAUAAGUGUCCUAAGCCAGAAAAUCUUCGUUUAAUGUUUGCGAUAACACAAAAAUUUGUCGACGGGUGUUACGUUAAAAUAGAAGCGAGAACAUAAUCAAUUAUUGUAGCAUGGUUUUGGACACGAAUUAUUUACAUAUUUGGAUAUGGUUAUUUGAUUAGAUAUGUAAUCUUAUG